AUGGCAGCUGCGAGUUCCACCACCGCAUGUGCUCCAGUCACCGCGCAUGCUGACCAUCAGGGGAAAUUAAGUUUGGCUUCCAAGAUCCACGGCUUGGCGGAGCGUCUGCAGCAACUCGGCAAAAGUUCUGGCGAUUCUGUGGAUGGCAGUGAUAAAGGAGCCAGGAGUCGCACUGGGAGUGUUCAUCCAAUGUUUACAGUCACCACUCAUCCGUCCUACUCAUCACACGAACUGUGUCUAGGCCGUAAUGAAGCCAGCCCCAGCCACAGCCAGAUGUCUAGGAACUCCAGUAGGAAGAGCAGUAACUCUCUGAGGGUGAACCAGUCUACAAAGAUCGAAGACUUCAAACAUCUAAUGCGCCGUUCUUCAACGCUAGAAGUGCACACGGCCAGGGUGUCUCUCAAGGACAUUGUUUGCUACCUGUCGCUACUGGAGGCUGGAAGACCUGAAGACAAGUUAGAAUUUAUGUUCCGCCUCUACGACACUGACGGCAACGGAGUGCUGGACACCAACGAAAUGGAUUGCAUAGUUAACCAGAUGAUGACGGUGGCUGAGUACCUGGGCUGGGAGACAUCUGAACUAAGGCCGAUCCUACAAGACAUGAUGGUGGAGAUAGACUACGAUGCUGACGGUACAGUGUCGCUUGACGAGUGGAAGCGUGGUGGGAUGACGACCAUCCCACUGCUGGUGUUAUUGGGCUUGGAUACGAACGUGAAGGAAGACGGUGAACAUGCAUGGCGGUUGAAGCAUUUCAGCAGACCAGCGUACUGUAACCUUUGUCUGAACAUGUUGGUGGGAUUGGGGAAGAAAGGAUUGUGUUGUAUAUUCUGUAAAUUCACCGUCCACGAGCGGUGCGUGCAGCGGGCACCUGCAUCUUGCAUCGCCACCUACUCAAAAUCGAAGAGAGCUCCCGCCACACUCGCUCAUCAUUGGGUUGAAGGGAACUGCCACGGCAAAUGCGCUAGGUGUCGGAAAAAGAUCAAAGGGUACAACGGGAUCACUGGACUGCACUGUCGAUGGUGUCAUAUCACGUUACACAACCGGUGCGUGAGCGGCGCGGGCGGCGCGUGCUCGCUGGGGCGCCACGCGCGGCACAUCCUGCCGCCCACCGCCAUCCGCCCGCUCGUGCUCGACCGCCAGAGGAGCCUGCCACAUCGGCCCCCGCAUGACCAGCAAUCUCUUCCCACCUCAAUCUCCCUCCCAAUAUCGAUAGCCGCCACAUCAGAAGAGAAGAGAGAAGAAUCCCAAAAACGAGAGACUCGCGCUCCUCCUAUCUCUUUCCAGAUCACUCCAUCUGAGGGCACAUGUCCUCUUCUCGUAUUCAUUAACCCUAAGUCUGGGGGGAGGCAAGGAUCUAGGGUGCUCAGGAAAUUACAGUAUAUAUUGAAUCCUAGGCAAGUGCAUGAUAUUGCGAAGGGUGGACCAACACAAGGUUUGCAAAUGUUCAAAGAUGUGAAAAACUAUCGAGUGAUUUGUUGCGGAGGCGAUGGUACUGUGGGCUGGGUGCUGGAGACGAUGGAUAAAGUCCAGAUGGAAACGCAGCCUGCUGUGGGAGUUAUACCCUUAGGCACGGGAAAUGACCUGGCCAGGUGUCUACGGUGGGGUGGCGGGUACGAAGGUGAAUCGAUCCACAAGAUAUUGGACAAGAUAGCCCGCGCCAGCACCGUCAUGAUGGACCGCUGGCAUAUCCACGUAGAGAAUAAUUCCAAUGCUAAUUCCACUAACAACAGCAACGAGACUGUUCAAGAGAUGCUGGAUGCUGCGCCUCAUCCCACCACUGUGCCAUAUAAUAUAAUCAACAACUACUUCUCUGUCGGUGUUGAUGCAGCCAUCUGUGUGAAAUUCCAUACAGAACGGGAACGCAAUCCUGACAAGUUCAGCUCCCGGAUGAAGAACAAAUUGUGGUACUUUGAGUUUGCGACUUCUGAACAGUUCGCGGCCAGCUGCAAGAACCUUCACGAACAUAUCGAUAUUGUGUGUGACGGAUCGUCCUUAGAACUAAAUAAAGGUCCAUCUCUGCAAGGUGUAGCAUUACUGAACAUCCCCUAUGCCCACGGGGGGUCUAACCUGUGGGGCUCAAGUGGGGCACAUCGGAGGGGAAGGUUUCCCAACGCACAGCAAGAUAUCGGCGAUAAACUAAUUGAAGUAAUAGGCUUAGAGAAUUGUCUCCACAUGGGCCAAGUGCGCACAGGUCUUCGCGCUUCAGGUCGUCGGUUAGCACAAUGCAGCUCCAUUACUAUUACAACAAAGAAGACAUUCCCCAUGCAAAUUGACGGAGAGCCCUGGAUGCAGCCACCUUGUAAGAUUACUAUAACCCACAAGAAUCAAGUACCAAUGCUAAUGGGACCAGCCCCAGAGAAAGGAAGAGGAUUCUUCAAACUUUUUACCCACUGUUAA